AUGAUGGAGCCAUUUGUGCAGAUUGCUGAUGCAGUGAGGCAUUUGCAUGCACAAAAGCCGCCGAUCCAGCACCGUGACCUCAAGGUGGAGAACAUCUUGAAGGGCAGUGAUGGCCACUGGAAGCUUUGCGAUUUUGGCUCUUGCAGCACCAGCUGCUUCGAAGCCGAGCUGCCACGACCGCAGCUCCAGCGGUUGCAGGAUGAGAUUGACAAGACCGUGACGCUGCUUUACAGGCCGCCAGAGAUGGCCGACGUCCAGCUGAACAGCAGAAAGGGCUACACAAUCACCCAGCAAGUUGACAUUUGGAUGCUGGGUUGCAUCCUCUACACACUUGCCUUCUAUCGACAUCCAUUUCAGGACAAUGCGACACCCAUGGCAAUUUUCAAUGCCAAGUACUUCAUUCCUGCUGACCAUCCAAUGGCAAGGAGUGCGAAAUUGUGCGCCUUAAUCCAUUGGUUGCUGGCACCAGACCCCAAGGACAGGCCACCAGCCCCUCAAGUCCUACAGGCCUGCCGAGAGAUUGGCAAGUCUGAAUAUGAGGACUUUGUCAAGGCCAUGCCAGCUCCUGUGAGGGAGAAAAUCUUGCAGCAGGAGAGAAUCUAUGGUGCCAGGAACUCAAAGGAGCCACCGAAAGAGUGGGACCUGAAGAAUCUUCCGAUGGCCACAGGAGCCAGAUCGCAACCAGAACCAGUCCGCAAGGUUGAGGCCAACGGGACGGCGCCGCAUACCAGCGCAGCACAGUUUGAUGUGAGAUUUGCGCUGGCAGAGGGUGCAGGUGCCUAUCCAGCCCAGCCUGCGAAGCCGAAGGUGGCCGGGUUGCAAGAGGACUUGCUUUCCUUAGAUGGUGGAGGGCCUCCCUCCAAUCGAGGCUUGCACCAUGCAACCUCUGCCCCUGCUGUGGAUCUAUUGGACAUGUCCACCACUCCGUCACGGGCGAAAAGCGCCCCACCGAUGGCGACAGGUGACAAUCUUUUAGCCUUCGCAGAUUUCGGCAGUAUGCCCUCGCAGGAUGUGAACGCAGGAGCGCCAAACGCAGGACUCUUCAACGAUCUUGUCAGGGAUUUUGCCGAUUUUGGCUCUGCGCCAAGUUUCGACGCUUUUGCUCCUCAGCCGCAGGCACACCAGGCUGCCUCAGCACCAAACUCUGGGUCAGCAAACUUGCUCGACCUCAUGUGA